GAGCGGCCGGCCGGCGCGGCGCCCAGUAUCGGUGCUGACGGGGUAUCGUCGCGGCGCGAGCUCCCCGCGCCGCGGCCCGUGGUAGUCGUCACGUGGUGGCAGUCCGUCGACCAGUCCCCGGUGCAGUUGUGGUUACCUGGAGGCGUGUUUACCUGCAUAGGUGUACAGAUUGCAGGUGUCCUAUGCUGACUUGAGCUUCAGUUGUCUACCCCAGUACCGGAACUGUUCAGGCAUGUUGACGACACAUGUGACGAAACAAUGCAAUAAUGUGACACAGAAGCUGAAUGAAGACAGAGCCAUGAAGCAAUUGUGAAUAGCCUGAACUACGAUAAUGUUCGGAACAAUGAGUUUCCUGCUCAACUCCCGGUUCGUGGGCCGCUACAUCUCUCUGCUACUGCUCGUCUGCUGUGUGGCAGCCACGGUAUUUCUCCUGUACCGUCCUGCCUCCGCCCCAGCGGUGCCACCCCCCGAGCUGCCGUGGCUCGGGACUUCCGGUGACGCCGCCUGCCGCCUUCCGCCGCUGCCUCUCAACCCACCCGAGCUGCAGCCUCUGUUCCACCACGUUCCUCCACUCGUCUGUGACCCUGAGCCUGCCUGGGUCACCAUGCGCGGCAGCUACGUGAACAUCAGCGCCACGGCGCGACGAGCUCACGGACGUGUCACCUGCCAGUUCACCGACCUGCUGCUCAAGGACGACAUGUGGGCCGUCCAGGGGUUCCGCUCCAACUCAGAGGAGGGAUACACUCUGAAGGAGUCUGACUUUGUGAGUGUCAGCUGCACCGCUGAGGACGGAGAGACGUGGAAUAAUAUUGUUGCCGGAGUUCGCAAGAACGCGGCGCCGCACGCACUGCCGCUGUCGGACUUGCCCAAGGACCACCUUCCCGUGAACAUUCUCAUCUGGGGCUUCGACUCGCUGUCACGCAACACGUUCAUGCGCAAGCUGCCACGCACGUACGCCUUCCUGCGUGAUGAGCUGCAAGCCACUGUUCUGCGCGGCUACAACAUCGUGGGGGACGGCACGCCGCAGGCUUUGAUCCCCAUCCUAACCGGGCGGACCGAACGGGAGCUGCCCGACACCCGUCGGCGGACCUGGGGCUCCCAGAUGGUCAACGUGUACCCGUUUCUCUGGAAGGACUUCCAGAGUGACGGCUACGUGACCGCCUUCAACGAGGACCAACCGGACAUCGGCACCUUCCAGUAUCGGCUGCGUGGCUUCAACCCUCAGCCGACGACGCACUACAUGCGAACCUUCUUUCUGGCGGCCAGCAGGACGUACGGCAACAGCGCGCCGUACUGCCUUCGCGACACGCCGCGACACAAAGUGAUGUCGGACUUUGUCGAGAACAUGUACGAGGCCUACCCAGAUCGAGCCAAGUUCAUCUUCAGCUUCCACUGUGAGCUGUCACACGAUGACAUCAAUCAGAUCGAGGUGGCAGAUGCAGACAUGGAGGCGUUCUUGCAGCGAAUGAAGAGCAAGGGACACCUGGACAAUACUGUGCUGAUUGUGAUGGCAGACCACGGUCACCGUUUCACAGCAGUGCGUUCCACUCAGCAGGGUAAGCUGGAGGAGCGCUUGCCCUUCUUCUCGUGGACAUUUCCGACGUGGGUGCGGCAGCGCUACCCGAAUGCCAUAGCAGCGCUGGAAGAGAACGUGGAGCGGCUGACGACGCCAUUCGACCAGUACCAGACGCUGUCGCACCUACGACACUGGCCGGACGGUCCUCCCCCUGACCCUGCCAACCGUGCCGUCAGCCUCUUGGUGCCUGGCACGGCUGCUCGCGGCUGCGCGGCCGCCGGCGUGGAGGCCCACUGGUGCGCCUGCCUGCGCUGGCUUCCCUUGUCCAUCAACGACUCUUCAGUGGUCGCGGCCGCGCGCGCCUUCGAGGAGUACGUGCUGGCGGAGCAGGAGCGCGAGGCUCCGGGCGCGUGCGCGCCGCUGGCGGUGCUGGCGGUGGAGCGGGCCGAGCUGCUGGCGCCGCAGCAGGAUGUGCUACGUUUCGUCAGCUCCAAGGACGCGGACGGUUUCGUGCCGGACCUGAGCGGCUCCUCGGCCACUGAACAGACGCUGCAGCUGCGACUGCUGGCCGCGCCCGCCGACCGGACCUUCGAGGUGACCGUGGUAGUGGAGGGGGGCGGCACGGUACGAGUGAGACACGAGGACAUCAGCCGCCUGGACCGCUACGGCAGACAGGCGCGCUGUGUCGAACAGCGCAUGGACCACAUGCGGAAACUAUGCUACUGUCGAGACGAGCCGGUGGAAGCCGGUCCCGCCGCGCCGGCCGAGAGGCGCAGUGAUAUCCUGCCUCACGAUGAACAAGCUAAAGUGUAACACGAACAAAAAAGUGACCGAUUCACCAGUGGUGUUGAUUUUAUACUGAUCUUUAUUGUGGUGUGAAUUAUGUAAGUCACCGCUU